GUUGUGGAGCAAUCAGCAGGAGCAGAGCCACUAUGGCCACCAUUCGACUCACCUGCCCCAUUCCAUCGAUUGGAUGCUUUGAACUCGAGUUGGUCGAUAUCCAAUCCACUUAAUUCCCGAAUUAUCUACGGAAACGCUUUGGGAAAUCGCUUCGCUGCACUUCUCCAAUCUCGGAUCCUUCUCCCCGGGAAUACAGCCAAUGCCAGCUGCUGUAGUUCGAAAUCCGUAGCCAUCGCUUUACGACGAUUUUUAUGCAGCCCGCCAGCGAUUUGAUAGAUUUUUGCAUAGAACGAUUCCCAGCACUUCCGUUGCGUGACAUUUCGGGUGGUGUUCGCCUAAUGUAAACAAGUUAUAAAACGCUCGUAAAAGGCCAGUGCGAAAGCGAAACUAUGGCCACAUAAAAAGGCUAUAAAACCUGGAGCUUCUGCUACCGCACUCUGUAAAAAAACAGGGAGUCGAGCGGAGAAGUGCAAAUGCUGAGAUCGUAAAGCAACAACCUCAGGACCUCGUGACCUCAGAAGGGGGUCAAUGGCAGAGAACAGGGGAAGUUUGAGUCAAAGGUGACCCGCGCCCCCCAACUCUCGUUAUCGCAAAAUCAAAAUGCGUUUGUCAAUGAAUUAGAAUCGCUUCGCUGGCAAUGUCGCUCGUAAAGUAUUUGCCUUUGUUAUAGCAUUUUAGCACAUUUUACUACCCAUACUAAAUACGCAAAUGACUAGAGUUUAUUCCUCAGAUUUUAGCGAUUUUUUUGUUUAUGCAAAAUGUUUUUUAAGGAACGCCCAUGAAUUGACUAUGUUCAUUUCCGUACUUGCAACCACUACUAUUCGAACUACCUUUUUUGAGACGAGUGUCGGCAACACUGCUGGAAAAUCCACCCUAAAAUUAUGCCAAUAAUGCUAGUGUGCUCAACUUCAAGGCUCGCUAUGUUGAAAUUGCGCAUUUGACAACGUAUGAUGCAUGACAAACGGGCAAACCCCCUGAAGGGAUGCAAGUGUCUAAAUACAUGCGAUGUCACCAUUUGGUACAAUUUUAUAUAGAACAUAUCUAUUGGCAGAUUCGAGGUGCAUGAAUCCCAAUCAAACCCCUGGACUUUGCGUGCUCAUUAAUGAAUGUCAGACACUCUACUCCGUGCUGAAGCGGGCCACUUUGACUGAUCAGGAGAAGAGCUUCAUCAAGUCCUCGGCCUGUGGAAGGGGCAGGAAUAAUCAGCCCUAUGUUUGCUGCACCCAGGAUACGGGCUAUGUGAGGACCCAACGCCAGGAUCCUACCUUUCCGGACUACGGUGGAUUUGGCGGUGACUGGGUGGACGAGCGACCCCAGAGUUUCGCUUUUCCCAGACAAGAAAGACGUCCCUGGAGCUUUGGCAACCAGCCAGACACCAGCAGAACACCUUUUCGAAAAUCAUCGACUGGCGACGGCUCGAAUUUACUACCUCAGCCUCCAUCCUGCGGGGGCGUGGCAAUCAGGAACAGGAUUUACGAUGGCCAGGACACCGAUGUGAACGAGUUUCCCUGGAUGGUCCUGCUGGAGUACCGCAGACGAUCUGGAAAUGGUGUGUCCACCGCCUGUGCAGGAUCCCUCAUCAACCAGCGAUAUGUCCUUACGGCGGCCCAUUGUUUGACUGGCAGGAUCGAACGGGAAAUCGGAACACUUGUGUCGGUGAGACUGGGCGAGCAUGACACUCGCACCGCGGUGGAUUGCCCCCCAGGUGGAGGAAGUUGCUCGCCGGAGGUCCAGCGUUUGGGCUUCGAGGAGGUCCGGGUUCACGAAAGAUACAGCGAAAAGGCCUCCAAUCAGGUGCACGACAUUGGUCUCAUUCGCCUGGAGCGCAACGUCCGCUACUCGGACAACAUCCAGCCCAUUUGCCUGCCCUCGUCUGUGGGCCCGGAGUCGAGGCAGUCCGGCCAGCAGUUCACCGUGGCCGGCUGGGGCCGUACUCUGAAGAUGGCCCGCAGUGCCGUGAAGCAAAAGGUGACGGUCAACUACGUGGAUCCCGCCAAGUGCCGCCAGAGAUUCUCGCAGAUCAAGGUGAACGUGGAGCCCACCCAACUCUGUGCCGGCGGACAGUUCCGGCAGGACAGCUGCGACGGAGACUCCGGCGGACCGCUGAUGCGAUUCCGUGGCGAGACCUGGGUCCUCGAGGGCAUCGUGUCCUUCGGCUAUAAGUGCGGACUGAAGGAUUGGCCCGGAGUCUACACGAAUGUGGCUGCCUACGACAUCUGGAUCAGGCAGAAUGUGAGGGCUUAAGUCCCAAACUCACAUUGAAUGUUCAAAACAAAAAUUGUGAUCUUUAGCACUCUUAGAUUAGCAAAGUAACUAACUUAGAUUUUAGUAGACAUAAAUAUUUAUU